AUGGUGCACAAUAAGCCAGUUGUGCUACGUUCACUGCUAAUCUCACCGGUGCCGUUAUUUAAUCGUGCGCGAACAGGUUGUCGACCAUUUGUCGAAAUACAUGCCGGUGGUACAAAAUUGUGGUCCACUUAUGAAAACUACGACGAUUUAAAAGUGUUCGAGAUUCCAGAUGCACAGUUCGCUGAAAUUGCUCUCGGCAACGUCCCUGCCGGUGACGAUGUGCAGGUAAGGUACUGA